UUUGCAAAAGCCUUGAGCGAUGGCUUGGGCAGCUGUAGAAACUGCACCCGGAGACGGAACGCGGGCUCCUCAAUGCUCCGAAAGAAGCAGAAAAGCGCAGGUGCCCCUGCUGGGCGCUGUCUCAGGGAGGUCUAAGCGCAGCGUCUCCCCGUUAGCACGUUCUUGACUCCAAUCAGCCACCGUAGGCCCAGCAGACCUCUGUACCCUUUCCCACUGUCCUUCGGCCCGUAGCUCUGCGCUUGCUCACUAACGAGGCUGCCUCGCGCACCCACCCCUCCUUCGAUUCUGUCUCCCACGCCGCAGCCUCCGCCAGCCGUGACUGCGCUUGCGUACUGACGCCCCCACCGGCACCGCAUGGGAGGAGGGGAUGGAAAUGAGGCUGGACCCUGCCGCUUUCGAGCGCACCCUGCCCUGCCCUACGGUCGCUGGGUGCACGGCGUGCGGUGCAACUCCUUCCCAUCCGAGGGCAGCGGGGCUGCGACCUCGGCCUCCGCGGGAGGGGCCCGCAGCCCCGCCCCCGGGGAGGUGCAGUCCGCAGGCCUCCUCUCUGCCCUCUACGGCUUCAACUCCACACCGGGGAUGAAAUUUAGCAACGAGGAAGAAAUUUAGCGGCCCUCGUGGCGUCCAUGGACUGAGACGAAGCCAAAAGGUUUCUGGGCCAGCAAGAUGCUGGAGCGAGAUGCAGAGCCGGCGGCUGAGGCCACAGAUCCUAGUCCUGCAGGCAAGGAACCAGUGACCACAGGCGGAGCUCCCCACCAGGGUUCGUCCAAGAAGCCCCACCAGUGCCCGCACUGCCCAAAGGCCUUUGGCCACCGCUCCAAGCUGGCAGCCCACCUCUGGACCCACGCGCCCGCCCGCCCCUACCCGUGCCCUGACUGCUCCAAGUCCUUCUGCUACCCCUCCAAACUGGCUGCCCACCGACACACGCACCAUGCCACGGAUGCCCGCCCCUAUCCUUGUCCGCACUGCCCCAAGGCUUUUUCAUUCCCCUCCAAACUGGCUGCCCACCGCCUAUGCCAUGAACCCCCCACCGCGCCGAGCAGCCAGGCCACCGCCCGACGACAUCGCUGCUCCAGCUGCGGCCAGGCCUUUGGCCAGAGGCGCCUCCUGCUCCUUCACCAACGCAGCCACCACCAGGCUGAGAGUCAGGGGGAGCGGGAGUGAGCCCUGCCCUUGGCUCACCGGCCCCCUCUGCCGCCAGCUCCAGUAAACGCAGAGGUGGCAUUUCUAAACCAGGCUUGCCUCUUGUAGCUGGCAGGGAGGUUGGCCCCUCCUAUAUACAGUACGUACAUACUGGGUUCUAACUUAAAAGGUGGAAGCACUCUUUGCUCACCCACUUUGGGGAAGGGGAGGGAAUGUAUCAACCACAGAGAGUUAACUGGCCCCAAACCAUGGACCUGGAGCUGUGGUGGGAAAGAACUGUCUCUGGUUUUUCCUGACUAUUCAUUUGGCAAAGGUACAAAGUCUGCUAGCAUUGUGGGGUGGUGGGGAGUGUGGGAAAACAGGCUCUCUCCUGUUGUUGUAAGUUACAUUGGUGCUUCCAUUUUGGCCAUUUGGCUGUACCUAUGAAAUACUUAAAUGCACACCUGCUCGUGUCAGCUAUUCCGCUUCCAAGAAUGUAUCCUAUAAACUCCAGCAUGUGAACAAGGCAUAAGGACAAGGAUGUUCGCUACAGCAUUAUGGUUGUGCCCAAAGAUGGAAAACAACCCAAGUGUUCAUCAGUCGAGACCAGCUAAUUAAUUACAAUACAGCCGUAGAAUGGAAGAUGUAGCUGUAGGGGGAGAAACCAGCUCAAUUGUACCAGUGUGGAAAGAUUCCCAGGAUAUAAGUGAUAAAAGCCAGAACAAGGGGCAUACUGCUGAUAGUAGGUAAAGUCCUAGCUUUGGCUAGGACUGCGUAUGAGCCGAGGGGCCUUGGACAACCUUUGGCACUUCUCUGGACUCAGAUACCUGAUCUAUAAAAUGGGAGUGUUAUAAGGCCCUUGUAAGGGUGCAAGCAUCAUCAUCUUGGGCAAGUCAGUUCCCUUCUUAGAGCCAGUUUCUCUCACUGUAAAAUCAGAUGAGUGAGCUAACAUUGGACUGCUCUUCAUCCUACACAUUAAGCACCUACUGUGUGCUAGGACCUGAAUAGGGUAUUAGGAAUACAGCAGGAAAUAAGACAGACCUGGUUUAGUGAGGAGAGGGGUCACUAGUCAAGUAGUGGCAAAAAAUAAAAGUAAAGAAGCUUAAGUCCAUUUUGAAGAACAAGUAGGGGAGCCUUGGUCCUGACAUGUGACAGCCCCCACCUGGAGAUCAGGGGUUGGCAAGCUUCCUGUAAAGGGCCAGAUGGUAUAUAUUUUUAGGUUUUGCAGGCCAUACGGUGUCUGCCAUGACUACUCAACUCUGCUGUUGUAAAAGCAGCCACACUCAUGACACUGUAAUGAAUUUGUGGCUGGGUUCCAAUAAAACUUUAUUUCAAAAUCAGCAAGUGGGCUGGAUUUUGCCUAUGGACGGCAAUUUGCCGACCCCUGCUGUAGAUGAGUGGGGAAAGGACAAGCUAAUCUGUGAGUUAGCUGAGGUGGGGAAAAAUGAAAUGGGAGGGACCCUGUGAUGGGCAGAAUAAUGGUCCCCCAAAGUUGUCCCCAUCCUAACCCCUAGCACCUAUAUGUUAGCUUACACAUGGCAGAAUGGACUUUGCAGAUGUAAGGAUUUUGAGAUGGGAAUAUCCUGAUUAUUUGUGAGCACAAUGUAGUCACAAGGGUCCUUAUAUGGGGAAGAGGGAAAUAGAAGUCAGAGCAGAUGCGACAAUGGAAGCAGAGAUUGAGUGAUGCAGGGCCACGAGUCAAGGAACUUGGCAGCUUCUAGAGGCUAGAAAAGUCAAGAAAAUUAUUUUCCGUUAGAGCCUCUAGAAGGAACCCUGGCCUGCUGCCACCAUGAUUUUGGCCCAGAAACUGAGUUUGGACUAUUGACCUCUAGAACUGUAAGAAAAUAAAUGUGUAUUGUUUAAAGUCA